AUGGCGUCUCAGCGGCUGGCGCUGAACCUUCAGCGUUCCCUUCGAAGCCGGCAAGCUCUGAAGUCCAUCCAAUCUCCUCUCCGACGCUAUGCCAACCCCGUCACUCCCACAAGAACAGAAAGCACGACGCUGUCGAAUGGCUUGACCAUUGCGACCGAGCAUUCGCCAUGGGCCCAAACCUCGACCGUGGGUGUCUGGAUCGAUGCUGGGAGUCGAGCGGAAACAGACAAGACGAACGGCACAGCUCAUUUCCUUGAGCAUCUGGCCUUCAAGGGCACUGGGCGACGCAGCCAGCAUCAACUCGAGCUCGAAAUUGAAAACAUGGGUGGCCACCUGAACGCCUACACCUCGCGUGAGAACACCGUGUACUAUGCGAAAUGCUUCAACUCCGAUGUACCCAAGACGGUGGACAUUCUUUCCGACAUUCUGCAAAACUCGAAACUUGAUCCCGCCGCCGUCGAGCGAGAACGGGACGUGAUUCUGAGGGAACAGGAAGAGGUAGACAAACAGUUGGAAGAGGUGGUUUUCGAUCAUCUACACGCCACUGCAUACAUGAACCAGCCUCUCGGACGGACCAUCCUCGGACCCCGAGAGAACAUCGAGAGCAUCUCCCGUCAAGACCUAGUGGAUUAUAUCAGCACCAACUACACCGCAGACCGCAUGGUCCUUGUGGGCGCAGGUGGUGUUCCCCACGAGGAGCUGGUCAAGCUGGCCGAGAAGAGCUUUGGCUCGUUGAGAACUGCACCGGCGACAUCGUAUGCUGCCGAAUUGGCCGCCGAGCAGAAGCGCAAGCCCGAAUUCAUUGGCUCCGAGGUUCGAAUCCGAGACGAUACCAUUCCGACCGCCCACAUCGCCAUUGCCGUCGAAGGAGUCAGCUGGAAGGAUGAUGAUUACUUCACUGCAUUGGUGACUCAAGCCAUUGUUGGUAACUGGGACAGAGCCAUGGGUAACUCGCCAUACCUGGGCAGCAAACUGAGCACCUUUGUGCAUGCCAACAACCUGGCCAACAGCUUUAUGAGCUUCUCCACCAGCUACAGCGAUACCGGUCUAUGGGGCAUCUAUCUCGUCUCCGAGAACAGGACCCAACUCGAUGACCUGGUGCACUUUACUCUUCGAGAAUGGACACGACUCUGCUUCAACGUAUCCGAGGCCGAAACGGAACGAGCCAAGGCGCAACUGAAGGCGUCAAUCCUUUUGUCGCUUGACGGAACGACCGCAGUUGCCGAGGACAUUGGCCGACAGAUCAUCACCACCGGACGACGAAUGGAGCCCGCCGAGAUCGAGAGAGUGAUUGGAGCCAUCACGGAGAAGGACGUGAUGCGUUUUGCUACAAAGAAAUUAUGGGAUCAGGACAUUGCCGUGUCUGCUGUUGGCUCGAUCGAAGGUCUGCUGGAUUACAACCGGAUAAGGAACGACAUGAGCCGCAACACGGUGUAG